CCGCCGAGGGACGAUGGCGCGGCCCCGCGGCGGGCGGUGGCUGCUGGGUGUCCUGCUGGCCCUGUGCCGCCUCGCCGCGCCGCUCGCCAAGAGCCUGGAGCCGGUGUCGUGGAGCUCCGCGAACCCCAAGUUCAUGACUGGGAAGGGGCUGGUCAUCUACCCAGAGAUUGGGGAUAAACUGGACAUUAUCUGCCCCAAGGCGGAGCCGUCCAAGCCUUACGAGUACUACAAGCUGUACCUGGUGAGGAAGGAGCAGGCGGAUGCCUGCAGCACCGUCAUGGACCCCAACGUGCUGGUGACGUGCAACCGGCCCGAGCAGGAGAUCCGCUUCACCAUCAAGUUCCAGGAGUUCAGCCCCAACUACAUGGGCCUGGAAUUCAAGCGGCAGCAGGAUUACUUCAUCACAUCCACUUCCAAUGGCACUCUGGAUGGCCUGGAGAACCGGGAGGGAGGGGUCUGCCAGACACGCUCCAUGAAGAUUGUCAUGAAAGUGGGGCAGGAUCCCAACGCGGUGAUCCCAGAGCAGCUGACGACGAGUCGGCCGAGCAAGGAGUCGGAUGACACCGUGAAGGUCGUCACGCAGAGCCCGCGCAGCAAGGUCCCAGCAGUGGAGGAGCCUGGCAAGCCAGGCUCUGUCAACCAGGACGGCCAGGAGACCCAAGGUCCCAGCGAUGGCUUCCUGAGCUCCAAGGUGGCCGUGUUCGCGGCCAUCGGCGCCGGCUGCGUCAUCUUCAUCCUCAUCAUCAUCUUCCUCGUCGUGCUCCUGAUCAAGAUCCGCAAGCGGCACCGGAAGCACACGCAGCAGCGAGCCGCAGCCUUGUCCCUCAGCACCUUGGCCAGCCCCAAAUGCAGCGGGAACGCGGGCUCAGAGCCCAGCGACAUCAUCAUCCCCUUACGGACUACAGAGAACAACUACUGCCCGCACUACGAGAAGGUGAGCGGGGACUACGGGCACCCCGUCUACAUCGUGCAGGAGAUGCCCCCGCAGAGCCCAGCCAACAUUUACUACAAGGUGUGAGGAGCAGCCUGGGAACGGCCGAUGCAGCAGCGCGGGAGCGCCGGGCGCGGGGCUGGCGCCGCAGGGAGGAAGCGAAACGUUCCCCCCGCCCUGGCACGGCGCGGGCAGCGCCGGGAGCGGCGCCGGGGAGCGGAGGGCUCAACGCUCACGUGCUGAUUCUCCCCUUUGUAUUUAGUUUUGUAGUUCUCAGCUUUUGUAAUCCCGAGACUCUGAGGGUGAGCCUUCAGCCUCCUCCUCUUCUUCUUCAGACUGUGGCCGGCCGUGGGGGGCGGGCGCCGUGCCUUUCUGUGCUCGGGACACCGCUGGCAAACCCGGAGACUCCACCUCCCCUUUGCGGUUUGGGAUUUCCCCGCGUCACCCCUCCGGGCCUGUGGGAAGUGCCCGCCAGCGCCGCAGGGUCCCGGAGCCUGGAGCGAUGCCGGGGCCUCGGUCCCAGGAGCAGCGAGCGCACAGGGGGAUGAGGAGGAGGAGGAGGAUGCUUUGCCAUGGUGCCAAGAUGCAGACAACUGUGCAGGGAGGAAGCUGGCAAACCCAAUUUACUACUACUACUAUUAUUAUUAUUAUAAUAAUUAUUUUAAUUUUUUUGUAACAUUUUUAUUUUUGUGAAUUCCGGGCGGGACUCCGGCCCGCCACCUCUGGGCACACGCUAUCACCUCCUUCCAGCACGUCAUCCUGCCGGCCACGGGGCAGAUCCCGCUCCCCCCACUGCCCCUGGAAACUUUUGUGUUUGUAGCUGUUGACUCUUGUUUUAGUCUCUUUAUAAAAAGAAAGAAAGAAAAAAAAAUUUCUAUCUCCACCCUGUCUCAAGCG